GGGGGUGUGGCUUCAUGAUUCUGGACUUCGCACCCUCUCGGAAUCGGUUCAUGUUUGGUCGUGUUGAAUCAUUCGCUACGUUAACGGUUAACCAAGUGCUGAGAAUUGCUGUAUUGAUUAAUAUUCUACAUAACUUUUAAGUAUCAGGCUAUUACGUCGCUUCGCUGCUGCUACGAUAUUUCUAUCUCGCACCAGUAUCACACGUAAGGUUAAAACGUGAAAAGUUUUGCAAGCUGAUUGAGUUGAACUGGUAUUAUAAUCACAAGAGUCCAAAAUGAUUGCCCAAGAAAUCAGUGCGAGCCAAAGCCAUCAACUGGUAAUUCAACAAGUUUCAUCAUUUGAAGAAGCUAAAGAUUUCAAGUCAACUGCUUUGUUUGAAGAAAUGAAGAAGCAAGUAGAGAAGGAUGGAAAACAAUAUGUCAAAAAAGUGAAUGGAAUAAUUGGAUUUCGCGUGACAGGACCAGGAGGAAAACAAGUUUUAUGGAUUGUGGAUGCAAAAAAUGGAAACGGAUCACUGGAGUUGAAUUCUAGCAAAAAACCAGACUGCACAAUUACUAUGAAAGAUGAUGAUUUAGUAGAUUUAAUGCUGGGAAAAUUGAACCCUAAUACGGCAUUCUUCGGAGGAAAAUUAAAGAUUGCUGGCAACAUGGGGCUUGCUAUGAAAAUUCAAACUAUAAUGCCUGCAAAAGCAAAAUUAUGAUUUUUUUGUUAUGAAGCUUAUAUUACAAUUCAUCAUCAUGUCAUCGCUAACAUAACAAUUGAAGAUGAGAGAAAACAAUCUAUAGCAUCCAUGUGUUCCAAUAUAUUACUUCAUCAGGGUACUAUAAUAUUUGUACGAGUGGCAAUAAUAAUUAUAUGCAUUUUGUUAAUUUUUAUGUGAUCCACUUCAUAAUAUAACAUCAUGUUUCAUAUUUGUUUUAUUGGAUUUUGGUAGUACAAUUUUGCAGUUGUGAAGAUCAAAGUGUUGUUUCUAAAUAUUAAUAAAAAGCGGUGAAUUUUA